UAAGCUGCACUGUUGAGAGUUUUUACAGAAUAUAAUCGUGUGUGUUGUGACAGAGAGAAAUGGAAGUGUUCCAGGAACUCCGUAAACCGUCAUCACGUUUGGAGUGUGACCACUGCAGUUUCCGAGGCACGGAUUAUGAAAACGUGCAAAUUCACAUGGGCACCAUCCAUCCAGAAUUUUGUGAUGAAAUGGAUGCUGGUGGGUUAGGUAAAAUGAUAUUUUACCAGAAAAGUGCAAAGCUAUUCCACUGCCAUAAGUGCUUCUUCACCAGCAAGAUGUACUCUAAUGUGUACUAUCACAUCACAUCCAAACAUGCAGGCCCAGAGAAGUGGAAUGAGAAACCAAAAAAUCAGCUAAGCAAAGAAACAGAUCCUGGGAAAAGCCCUCCUCUUCCUGAUCACCAGAAAAUACCCUCUAAUUCAGCAGAACUCCCAAAACCCAUACCUGCCCUUUCUGUAGAAACACAGAAACUUGGCCCAAUUUUGUCUCCAGAAUCACCAAAACCUACACCUCUCACUUCCCUGGAGCCUCAGAAGCCUGGCCCUGUUGUUUCUCCUGAGCCACAGACACCUCCUCUUCCUUCUCCUGAGCCUCCAAAAUCUGCCUCUAUUUCUUCUCCUGAACUUCCAAAACCAGUCCCUAUUGUUUCUGAGUCUCAGAAACCAGUCCCUCUUCCUUCUCCAGAACCACAGAAACUUGCCCCUAUAUCUCCUGAGCCAGUAAAGGCCACUCUUAUUAAUCCUAAACCCCAGAAACACUCCCAUUUCCCAGAAACACUGGGGCCACCUUCAGGCUCAUCUCCAGAGUCACCAGUUUUGGCGGCUUCCCCUGAACCUUGGGGUCCAUCCCCAACUGCAUCUCCAAAGUCUCAGAAACCAGCCCGGACUAUCUCCCCUGAGCCAAGGAAGCCAUCCCCAUCGGAGUCUCCUGAACCUUGGAAGCCAUUCCCUGCUGUCUCCCCAGAGCCCAGAAGACCAGCCCCGGCUGUGUCACCAGGUUCUUGGAAGCCAGGGCCACCUGGGUCCCCAAGGUCUUGGAAAUCCAGUCCUUCGGCGUCAUCGGGACCUUGGAAGCCGGCUAAACCUGCUCCAUCUGUGUCUCCUGGUCCUUGGAAGCCAAUUCCUUCGAUCUCACCUGGGCCAUGGAAACCAACUUCCUCUGUGUCCCCCGCAUCCUGGAAGUCAUCGUCGGUCUCACCUCGUUCCUGGAAGUCUCCCCCUGCGUCUCCUGAGUCGUGGAAGUCUGGCCCACCAGAACUCCGAAAGACAACUCCCACCUUGUCACCUGAACAUUGGAAGACAGUUCCCUCAGUGUCCCCUGAGCUUCGUAAAGCAGGCCCUCCCUUGUCUCCUGAGCUUCGCAAACCAGGCCCACCAUUGUCCCCAGAGAUCCGCAGUCCAGCGGGAUCUCCAGAGCUCAGAAAACCUUCAGGGUCUCCAGAGCUUUGGAAGCUUUCUCCUGAUCAGCGAAAAACUUCCCCUGCUUCUCUUGAUUUUCCCGAGUCCCAGAAAAGUUCCCGUGGUGGUUCCCCUGAUCUCUGGAAGUCUUCCUUUUUUAUUGAACCUCGGAAACCUUCUGGACCAUCUGAGUCCCCUAAGGCAGCCUCCGAUAUCUGGAAGCCUGUUCUCUCUCUUGAUACCGAACCUAGAAAACCUGCCCUGUUUUCUGAGCCCACCAAAACAGCCCCUCCAGCUUCUCCUGAACCACGAAAAUGUGCUCUUUUUCCAGAGCCCCAGAAACAUGCCCUUUUCCCUGAACUUCCCAAAUCUGCUAUCUUUUCAGAAUCUCAGAAGGCAGUUGAGCUUGGUGAUGAACUACAGACAGAUGCCAUAGAUGAUCAAAAGUGUGAUAUUUUGGUUCAGGAAGAACUACUAGCUACACCUAAGAAACUCUUAGAAGACACUUUAUUUCCUUCCUCAAAGAAGCUCAAGAAAGACAACCAAGAGAACUCAGAUGCUGAGCUUAGUAGCAGUGAGUAUAUAAAAGCAGAUUUAGAUGUGAUAGACAGCAAGCGCCAAGAAUCAAGCAGUGAUCAAGAGCAGGUUGAUGUAGAAUCUAUUGAUUUUAGUAAAGAGAACAAAGUGGACAUGACUAGUCCAGAGCAGUCAAAAAAUGUGUUACAAUUUACUGAAGAGAAAGAGGCUUUUAUCUCUGAGGAAGAGAUUGCGAAGUAUAUGAAGCGUGGAAAAGGAAAGUAUUAUUGCAAAAUUUGUUGCUGUCGAGCUAUGAAAAAAGGUGCGGUUUUGCAUCAUUUGGUUAAUAAGCAUAAUGUUCAUAGCCCUUACAAAUGUACAAUUUGUGGAAAGGCUUUUCUUUUGGAAUCUCUCCUUAAAAAUCAUGUAGCAGCCCAUGGGCAGAGUUUACUUAAGUGUCCACGUUGUAAUUUUGAAUCAAAUUUCCCAAGAGGCUUUAAGAAACAUUUAACUCACUGUCAAAGCCAACAUAAUGAGGAAGCAAAUAAGAAGCUAAUGGAAGCUCUUGAACAGCCCCUGGAGGAGCAGCACAUUUGA